CUGUGCCUCAGAGAGGUUUUGUCAAUAAUGGGACUUGAAGAGCAUUAUGACAUCAAACUUAAAAUAUGCAACAUCCUGAAAAUUACUCGGAGUGACACAGAGAUCGAUAUGGAAACAGCAGAAUCCCUUCAUGAGGCCUUUCUCAAGAGGCUUUUUAUGGGGAACACAAAUGCAAGAAGUGUGAAAUAUAUGUUCAGUGAUUCGGAUGUGGACAAGAAAAAUGUCAUAAAUCCGCUAGAUUUGAUAACUGCACUGUUUCUGUGUUCAGACAAAUUCCUACAGCAGAAGAUUAUUGAGAAAAUGGUUCUUUGUCAGUUUGCUGUCCCACUCCUGCUGCCUGACAGUGAAACAAGAGAACUGACAAUGAUGCUGUGGUCUAUGCGUGAAGUUGUCCGAACCUUCAAACCAUUGAUGCAAGCAUUCCGAGGGUCAAGCACUGAAGAAAGACUUGUGCAGUCUGAAAUUGCUCUUAUAUCAUUUGUCAGAUUGGGGAAGCAUUUCCUUUCUAAGUCACAGAUGCUAAACCAAGUGCUAAGUAACACUGAGCAGUACCAUGACAUAUUUUAUCAUUCUGGUUUGGAGUGUGGAGAUGUGCCAAGAAGAAUAUCAGAGGGGCUUGUCGAUUUCUCCUGGUACCUUCCUUGUGGCAUCCGUUCUGUUGAUAAAUUCAAUGAACCAAUAGCUGUUGCCAACCUGAGAGGUGAUAUCAGGACCUUUGUUAAGCAGUUCACUUUCCUUUGUCAGUCAUCUGCCGUUGUUUACAUCUUCUGUGAUGAAGCAGAGGUUGAGUACCUCAAAACUGUGCAAGUAAAAGAUGUCAGAGCAAAAAUUAUUUUGAUUAGCAGCAAAAAGGGGAAAUCCUUUAGAUUAAAAUAUAUGACCAUCAAGCCAAGCAUAAAAACAAAAAAUAUAAGUGAAACAAAAAGAACUGAAAAAGAGUUAGCAAGAGCCCUUCAGGAAUCAGUUUCUAGAAUACUCGAGAAUAAAACAAAAAAAGUCUCCCUGGAAAAUCUGGCUGAAAGAGCUCGGAGUUGUGAGAUCCUUGUGGAUGAAGACACAGAUGAAUGCAAAACUGGGCUGAGGAAUUCCAGACUCAUCACUUCAUGUAUUGAUAAAAUACCUGAGUUCAAAGAACAAGAACUGCCAUGUCAGGGAAACAUCUGGAAAGCAAUAUCAGGGGUGCAAAUGGAGCACUGUAGAUUACGCAAAGUUGGCAAACUGAAAACUGAGGAUUACCGUAAGUCUUUGGAAGCAAAAGAAAAAGAGUUCAAAAAGAAGCAACACAGGUUUGAGAUGACACCUAUGAUAUCAAACUUUGUUAAAGGUAUCAGUGCCUCUGAAGCUCACUGUUCUUUUUUCCUCAAAUGGAUGGAAAUGACACUGGAGGAUUUUUCUCGACAGCAGCUGUCAGCUCUGCUGGAUCAAUACAAGAGACUAAAACAUGAGUCUCCAAAAGAAAAAGAUAUAAUAGCAGAUGUGGAGCAGCAAAUUUCUAUUUGCUCUUUAGGAAUGCAACAUUUUUUUCGAGAAUGUGGGCAGAGGUAUACAUGUGCAAAUGGUGUACCAGAAUUUAGCAAUCUAAGGAAGAGGUUGGAACAGCUGCCCUAUUAUUUUGCUCAGUUGAUGCUAGAUAGUUUCCCUUUUGAGCUUGUUGAUGGGGAUGCAGGAAACAUUCCAAUGACGUGGAUGAGAGCUGUCCUUGCUGAACUUCACCACCUUAUACAGUCAAACAGCAGGGUCAAAGUUAUUUCAGUCAUUGGUGAAGAAAAUUCAGGAAAAUCAACUCUGCUCAAUGCCAUGUUUGGGACCAGGUUUUCCAUCAACAGAGGAAUGUGCACUAGGGGGGCAUUUAUGCAGCUGAUCACCGUCAGCAAACGUGUAAAGAGGGAGAUAGGCUGUGACUGCAUUAUGAUAAUCGACACUGAGGGACUGAAGGCACAUCAGAUGAUUCAGGACGACCAUAGCCACGAACGUGACAAAGAAGUUGCGAGUCUUGCUGUGGCAUUAAGCGACAUUACAGUAGUGACUUUUUCCAAGGAAAGCUCCACAGACAAGGACUUCUUAAGGAUGGUAGUUAAUGUUCUGGCAAGGGUAAAAGUUGCAGACAAGAAAACAUUGUGCCACUUUGUUCAGGUUGACAUUAAUGAAGUCUCUGUUUCUGAGGGAAAGAAGAGAGAUAAGGAGUUGUUAGAUCGGCUCAAUGUACUGAUCCAGAGGGAUGCUGAGAUAAACGCAAGAAAGCUUGCUGAUCUGGUAGAGUUUGAUCCAUACACCUGGAGCUGGUACCUUCCUUCAGCUUGGAAAGGGACACCUCCAAUGGCUGCUUACAGCACUGACUACAGUGAGACUGCACAGGCUUUGAAAAGUCAACUGCUAAAAGACCUAAAAAAGUGCCCCGAGAGGGAUGAUCUGAUGGAUUUCGCAAAGAGGAUAGAACACAUCUGGAAAUCUCUAUAAAGCUUGGACAGUGCAUUGAAUUUGUUAAGCUCAUAAAAAAAAAAAUAACUCAAAGUGCUUCACGUCACCCAAAGUGAACAGAAAAAGAAAAUCAUACAAAUAUAAAAGAAAAGUCAGCUUGUAACCUCUGAAACCCAACCUGACCUGGAACUCACAGCUCGGUUCUCUAAGUACGUUUGACAGUUGUAUGUUAUUAUUGUAUUUGAUUAUACCUAUAUUGUUAUAGGUAAUGGAUAUUGUAUUUAUUUGUUAAUUUGUUCUAUUAUCUAGGAAUUUACCUUUGGUUCUGCUGCAGUAUUGAUUGUGUUUGCAAUUUUCUGUAAGAUAGCAAACAUCACAACCAAGGUUUUUUUAAGGACAUCAUUGAAAUUAUAAGUUUCUAAGAGCCACAACCAAACAGAAGUGGCAUUCUGUUUUGUCUUCACAAAUCUAAAACAAACUUCCAGAAAAGUGCAAAUAUGCUGGAUCCGGUUAGUUAUUUUCAAUUGAGGUCAAAAUUAUAUCUGAGCUGCAGAAAAUCUAG